UUUCCGGUUCCUUAUGCUAGCAACUUGAUGUAUCGGAAAACUGCAGCGUUAUGAAACCGGGGUCCUCUGUCAGUUGCUGACAGACGUGUUUCCAGCUGCUCAACUCGACAGCUUCAAUGGAAACACUGUGAAAGGUCAGAGUUGAACAUUUUUCGUCAUGCAGCUGGAAGCUCAGCUGCGACUAUGCCAGAGUUGUAUUUGGUGGUGCAAGAGUGGACUGCGGAUGCUGUCCCACAGUUUUGCACAAAGAAAAGCUGUGAGCCACUAUGAACUACUGGGAAUCAAACCGGAUGCAUCCGUGGACGAAAUAAAGAAUGCUUUUUUUGACAAAUCAAAGAAGCUGCACCCGGACAGCGACCCGUCAAACCCGGAGCUGCACAGCCAGUUUGUGGAGUUGAAUGAAGCCUACAGAGUGCUGAGCAAAGAGCUGAGCAGGAAGGAGUACGACUUUAAACUCCAGCAUCCCUACAAAGGAGGCCAGGCCUUUAGAUCAACCUCUAGUCACACAGUGUACAGAAGUACUACUGCUAAUGACGACGUCCGUUACUGGGAGCAGUUUCAUCAGGCGCAGCCUCCUGAGGCGACAGCGGACAAGAGGAAGGAAAAGAGGAAAAGGAACUUCAAGCUGGUGAUCUAUUGUGUCAUCACGAUGAUGCUCAGCGUUGGUGCGCAUAUGAUCUUCUUUAGGAAACUAGAAGAAGUUCACAGUACCUUCAUGGACGAGAAAGAUAGAGCUAUCACAGAAAUCUACAACGAUGCCAAAGAAAGAGCCAGGGUCAACGGUUUCAAGAAGCAGACAGAAAUCCUGCGGCAGAAACACGCCGAGUUUCAGGAGAAAAUAAAACUGGGCGGACAGGACAAGUAGUAGUGUCUCCUCCGGCGGAUUGAAGAUAUGGAGGAACUUGCUUUUAGGAGUGUUAAAGGUCAUUUCUCCAACGUUCUGUGUCCGUGUUUGAACUGGGAUGAGAUCCUGAUUUAGCAUAUCAUGAUUGGGAUGAGGGAUACUUCCCUUUGGUCACAUAUGUGUUGCUGCUACAUCACGUUCAGGUAUACAGUGCCUUGCAAUUCUAUUCAUACCCCUUCAACUUUUUCCCAUUUUCUCACAGCCAUAAACUUCAGUGUGUGUUACUGAGACUUCAUUUUAAGUUUGAUCGACACAAAGUAGUGCACAAUUGUGAAGUGGAAGGAAAAGUGUAGAUCCCACUGAUUGAACUUUAUAGCUUUUCUCUGUAUUGGAUUGUAAUUAGAUUUGAACUUUGACUGGGCCAUUCUAACACAUGAAUUUGAUCUAAACCAUUCCAGUGUACGUCUGGCUUUAGGCUUGUUAUCCAGCUAGAAGGUGAACCGCCACCACAACCUCUGCUGUCUUCGGCAGCCUCCAACAAGUUAACCUCCAGUGUUGUCCUGUUUAGCUCCAUCCAUCUUCCCAUCAGCUCUAACCAGCAUCCUUGUCCCUGCUAAAGAAAAGCAUUCCCACAGCAUGAUGCCACCACCACCAAUGUUUUGCUGUGGAGAAGGCUUGUUCCAGAGGGUGCCCAGUCUUAGCUUUCGUCCACACAUUGUGUUUUGCUUGGGGGACAGAAAGUUUAACUUUGGUUUCAUUUGAUCGUGUUCGCUGUGUUCCCAAUAUGGCUUGUAGCAAACUUUGAAUAGGACCUUUUUGUGGCUUUCUUUCAACAGCUUCCUUCUCGUCAAUCAUCCAUUAAACCCAGAUUUAUGGAGUGCAUGAUAGCUGUCUUGUUGACAGAUUCUCCCACCUGAGCUGUGGAUCUCUGCAGCUCCUCCAGAAUUACGAGUGGCCUCUAUGCUGCUUAUCUGAUUAAUAUUAUCCUUACCUUGACUGUCCAUUUAGGUGGACAGCCAUGUCUUAGUCAGUUCGCAGGUGUGCCAUCCUCUUCCUGUUUUCUCCGGAUGGAUUGAACGGUGUUCUGUGGGAUGUUCAGUGCGUAGGAUGAAGACCAAGGAUCCCGCUGUUUCCUGGGAUCCUUGGUCUUCAUGACGCUGUUUCUUCUCUAAUGUUCUCUUUUUUCUCUUCUCUCUUUUCCUUAUGGUAAAAUUAUUCUACUUGGUGUUGUCUAAAAUUCACUGAAGUCUGUGGCUGUAAUGUGACUAAAUGCGGUUUUUCACAGCACCGUACGUCACUCUGCUGAACUAUUUAUAGUUUAUGAAUUAUUUGAAGUGAUGUGAGCCUGCAGUUUGCUCACAGACCUCUUCAAGGUUGGCACUAUAAAACAGGGAUGUUUUUUAAUUAUUGUUUGCCUGAAAUCUGUUGGCUGAUCAAAUUUCAAGAGGAUCUCAUGAACUCCAGGAUGUUUCUAAAAGGAGCUGGUUCGUUAAGGAUGCUCCAUCUUGUUCGCUAGGUUUAGACGGUGCACAGAGGGGGGGGGGGGGCAUGUUUCAGGUCAUUCCCAACCUGAGUCCUCAUGCUUGUGUUUUAAACAGACGUGAUGAACGACCAAUAUUAUUAUUCUUUUUUAUAGUGAAUUCAUUGUAAUAAUAAUGACACUGGAAAAGUGUUAAUUUUAUUGAAAUAAGCAACAAAAAAGCAAAUAACUGAUCGUAAUAAGAACAUCCAGAGCCAAUAUUUACCAUUCUGCCUCUCCAGUUUUAUUUUGGAUUCAGAGAUUGUUUUGUGUUGAUCUGUCUUUGGAUGGAUGCCUUAUGUAUUUCCCCCACAGGGUCGCCAGUAAGCAACGAUUAAAAGAUCAACUCAGUAUUUUCUUUUUUUGCCUGUGUUGUUGAAAAAGACAGCGCUUCAUAAAAAAAUAAAACAAAAUUUCAGAUUA